AUGCAGCCCGCCCGGGCUCUGGACCGAGGCGGGGUCGCCGCCACCAUGCCGCCCACCGGCCCGGGCGCCAUCCAGAUCAGCAGGAUCAUGCGCCCAGAUGAUGCCAACAUUGCCGGGAACGUCCACGGGGGGACCAUCUUGAAAAUGAUCGAGGAAGCGGGCGCCAUCAUUAGCACUCGCCACUGCAACUCUCAGUCCGGGGAGCGCUGUGUAGCUGCCCUCGCCCGCGUGGAGCGCACGGACUUCCUUUCACCGGUGUGCAUUGGGGAAGUUGCUCACGUCAGUGCUGAGAUCACCUACACUUCUAAGCGCUCUGUAGAAGUUCAAGUGAACGUGGUGUCUGAAAACAUCCUCACAGGCGUAAAGAAGGUGACGAAUCAAGCUACUCUGUGGUACGUGCCUCUCGCUCUUCAGAACGUGCACAAGGUUUUGGAAGUUCCUCCCAUUCAGUAUGCAGGGAAGGAGCAGGAGGAGGAAGGAAGGAGACGCUACGAGGAGCAGAAGCUGGAGCGCUUGGAAACCAAGGAGAGAAAUGGGGAUGUCAUCCAGCCAGUAAUCAAUCCAGAUAGGCAAAGAAAAGAGCCAUACACAGUCGGCCACAGUCAGUCCAGCUUGAUCCACCUGGUGGGACCAUCCGACUGCACUAUGCAUGGAUUUGUCCAUGGAGGUGUUACUAUGAAGUUGAUGGAUGAGGUAGCUGGAAUUGUCGCUGCUCGCCACUGCAAGACCAACAUAGUCACAGCAUCUGUGGAUGCCAUCAACUUCCAUGAGAAGAUUAAAAAAGGCAGCGUGAUCACGAUUUCGGGGCGCAUGACCUUCACAAGCAACAAGUCUAUGGAGAUCUCGGUUUUUGUGGACGCCGACCCUUUUGUGGACGAGUCGCAGGAGCGAUACCGCGCUGUCAGUGCGUUCUUCACCUAUGUGUCCCUGAAUAAGGAAGGGAAACCACUCCCUGUCCCACAGCUGGUGGUAGAAACAGAAGAUGAGCGGAGGCGUUUCGAAGAGGGGAAGGGCCGCUACCUCCAAACCAAAGCCAAGCGCCAGGCAAAGAUGCAGCCACUGACUCAGCAAUGACAUUCCAACAGCGUUCGCUUCCGGGAGAGAGCUGCCCUCUGCAUUUACAUUCGAAAUCUUCAUUUCGG